CUUACUCUCGACAAUGGCUUUCGCUACUAUGUUCGUUGCAAUUCCAAGCCUCGCAUGAGAGCCGCUCUCGCUCUCGCCGUCAGGGCUGGAUCAGUUCUCGAAGAGGAGGAGGAUGAACGCGGAAUUGCUCACAUUGUUGAACACCUCGCGUUCAGUGCCACCAAGAAAUACACCAAUCACGACAUCGUAAAAUUCCUCGAGAGUAUUGGAGCUGAAUUCGGGGCCUGUCAGAACGCCGUGACCUUUACCGACGAUACAGUUUACGAGCUCUUGGUUUCGGUCGACAAGCCAGAGCUGCUGUCUCAGGCCAUUUCAGAGCUGUCUACUAAUAGAUUUGGUGAAUAUUUAGUGUUCGUAGUCCUCCCAAUUAAAGGGUCGUUUGGUGAUGCGUUUAGGCCUAACUCCUUCAUCAUUUUGAGGCCCAUUCUUCGUCAAAUUGGGUUCAUCCUCAACAUUAAUAACAGCUUCAGUACUUAUUGGGUUGUGGUUCCUAUCAUUCGCCACCGAAAGACACCUUGUCCUCAAGGUGAUAGUGAGCUGAUAACAAAUCCCACGACUCCCAAGUGUGAGGAUGAAAAAAGGGUGACCCAAAAGGAAUUGGCACCAACGCUUGACUGCAGUAGUGAUAGCGUGAAGUUCCCGAAUAUAAGUGGAGGAGCGCAGAAGCUUGGGACAAAAUUGUUUGCUGAAAUAAGCGAUAGGGUGGUCAUGUUGAGACAAGACAGCACCCAUGCCAAAACCAGAGGCAUCUGUUUCAACAAAAAAUGGAGAGGUGAAAUCUGGGAGGGCGAGGACAGGAGCUCUGGUCAUAGCACGUUUAAGAGCCUCAAAGGCCAUCUGCGCAUCGAAGCUCCACUGGAAGUAGUCCCUGCGAAAAACGACGAUAAAACCCCGUUAGGCCGAGAAAUCCACGUAGGGAUUUUUGAGAAGAUGGUGUGGGCCAUGCAAGGUUCAAAGGAUGCUCAUUGGAUGUUGAUGAUGGAAGGUUCAAAGUAUGCUGAACGGCUGCCAAUUGGCCUAGAGAAAGUGAUUCGGACGGUUUCUUCAGAGACUGUGAAGCAUUUUUACAAGAAGUGGUACCAUUUAUGCAAUAUGGCAGUGAUAGCAGUUGGAGAUUUUUCUGAUACGCAGGAAUUGGAAUAUUCAAAUAUUGGAGCUACCGAGCUGGUACUGUCAAAUGGCAUGCAAAUAUGUUACAAGCGUACAGACUUUCUUGAUGACCAGGUUAUCUUCACUUGGUAUUCAUAUGAGGGUUUAUCUGAACUCGCAGAGAGUGAAUACUUCUCUUGUUCGAUGAGACCAACCAUUGCUGGGGAAAUUGGUGUGUUUGGUUAUAGACCAUUUGUCCUAAUGGAUAUGCUUGCUGGCAAGAGAGCUGAAGUUGGUACCAAGAUUGGUGCAUAUAUGAGAACUUUUUAUGGUGAUUGUUCACCUUCAGACCUAGAAACAGCUUUGCAGCUUGUGCUUGUCUAUCAGCUGUUUACAACAAAUUUAACACCAGGUGAAGAAGAUGUCAAAAUAGUUAUGCAGAUGGUUGAAGAAGCGGUAUCUGCUCAAGAUAGGGAUCCAUACAUUGCUUUUACAAACCGUGUAAAAGAGCUUAACUAUGGCAACUCUUAUUUUUUCCGGCCUAUUAGAAAAAGUGACCUACAAAAGGUUGAUCCUCGGAAAGCUUGUGAAUUCUUCAGUACAUGUUUCAAAGAUCCAUCAACUUUUAUUGUUGUGAUUGUUGGAAACAUUGAUCCACGAACCCAAAACUUAUGAAGGCACAAGCAGAAAUGCAAGCAUUUAUGCAACAACAAAUGCAAGAGCAAAUACAAUCUUUUAAGAGAGAAUUGUUGUCUGCAUUGAAGAAACAAGAAUGAAGACAUGCCUCAAAGAACCCAAAACUUUGUUUGUCUUUUAAUUGUGUUAAUGCAUUACUUUUUGUUGAUACCCUCCAAUGCUUUUGUGUCCUAAAACUAUUAUACAUUGGUGAAAACUUUUAUGUUGUUUUGUACUGUUGGAUGGAUAUACUUUGAUCAUUGUAGGAUUGAUUAUCUAUCUUUUUUUAAAUAGGUAUUGCAAAUAUCGGAGGUAUUUAGACA